CCGCUGCAGUGCCGAGAUGAAGGGCGGGCUGCUGUUCUGCUGGGUGCUGCUGCUGGGGUCCGGGGGCCACGCCCUGGGGUCCAGCUGCUUCCUGGACGUGGUGAGGGGACGCUGGGCCUUCCUCUCCCCCUCAGCCCUCAACACCAGGGUGGAGGAGGCAGAGGACUGCAAGGUGGAGGUGGUGACCAACGAACCGAUAACACAGAGAGUUGGAAGACUCUCUCCACAGGUGUUUGAUUGCAGCUUCCAGGAGGAGGAGGUGAAGUACGUCCACAACGGGAGUCCUCUGCUGGACCAGGACUCUGUGAAGCUCAGAGUCUACAGGUUCUCGGCCUCGUCCACGGUGCUGAGGACCCUGGUCCUGACGGUCAGAGUCCUGGAGGGGGGGUCCGGUCUGGUCCAGCUAGGCUCCGCCCCCCUGGUGGUCCUGGGUUUCUACGGAUGGUCCGAGCCAAUCAACAGCUCCGUCCUGUCCAUCAACCCCCCCGGGGGCGUGGCCUGCUCUGUGCGCCUGAUGACAUCACAGAGCGAGCUGCCGUCCGCGGGCCGGCUGGUCCUGGGGGAGGAGUCCUGGAAGGGGGAGGAGUCCUGGCAGGAGAAGGGACCCCCGGGCCGGGAGGGGUCCGAGUGCCCGGGGAACAGGCCCUGCCUCCACCCCCCCCCCGGGCCCCGGGCCCUGAAGAUGGGCUGCCUGGAGUUCCUGGAGGCGGGGCUCCGGUACCAGCACCUCCGCCCCCCCUCCCCCCAGAUCGACUACGUUCCCCUGAGGGUGGAGCUCCGGGACCACGCCUCCAGGACCCUGAUGGAGGCGGAGGCGGUCUGGGUCCCGGUCCUGGUCCAGGGAGCUCUGCAGAACCAGCCCCCCCAGGCUUCCUUCAUGGCCUCCUUCCUCCUGGAGGUGGACCAGUUCAUCCUGACCCCUCUGACCACGGCCGCGCUGGACGCCGCGGACCCCGACGGCCCCCAGAGCGGGCUGCUCUUCAACGUGACCGUCCCCCCCGCCCAGGGGUACCUGGCCCACCUGGACGACCCGACCCGGGCCGUGAGCUCCUUCAGCUGGGACGACCUGCACCACAUGAACAUCGCCUUCCAACCGCCCAGCAGCGGCCACGCCCGUCGACAGAACCUCCAGGUGGAGUUCCAGGCCCUGGACUCGUCGUUCUCGACCAGCCCCCCCAUCCUGCUCCACAUCUCCAUCCGGACCAGCGAGACCAACGCCCCCCGAGUCUCCUGGAACAUGGGUCUGGAGCUGCUGGAGGGCCAGUCUCGACCAAUCACGUGGGAGGACCUGCAGAUCGUGGACAACGACAACAUCGAGGCGGUCCGGCUGGUGGCCGUGGACGGGCCGCGGCACGGCAGGCUCACCCUCAGAGGUGUGCGGGCGCUGUGGUUCUCGGUGUCUGACCUGCGGGCCGGUCGGGUGGUGUACCACCACUCGGACAGCGACUCCACCCGCGACCACAUCGUGUUCCGCAUCACCGACGGCAACCACAGCCUCCGCCACCGCUUCCCCGUACACAUCCUGCCCAAGGACGACGCCCCCCCCUUCCUUGUCAACAACGUCGCCGUGGAGACGAGGGAGGGCGGGGCCGUUCGCCUGGAGGACUACAUGCUAUUGGCUGCCGACCUGGACUCCAGCGAUGACCACAUCCUGUUCCGGAUAGUCUCCGCCCCCCGGGCAGGCCGACUGGAGAGGCGGGGCUCCGCCCCCGGUCCAGGGGUCCCGAUAGACAGGUUCCUCCAGAGGGACCUGUCCCAGGGGCAGGUCUACUACGUCCACUCGGGCCAGGAGGUCUUUGAGGACUCCUUCGACUUCACGCUGUCCGACUCCCAGACCCCCCCCAACACCUCCCCCCCCCAGACGGUGGUGGUGCAGGUGUUCCCGGUGACGGACCAGGUCCCGGAGGAGGGGGUCGGCGCGGUGCGGACCCUGAGGGUCCGGGAGACGGAGGUGGUCCUCCUGACCCGCGCCCAGCUCAGCUUCAGGGACCCGGAGCGCCCCCACGCAGACCUCAGCUACCGCCUCAGCGAGGGUCCCAGCAGCCCGGCCCAGCCCGGGCUGAUGGACGCCGGUCGUCUCUUCUUGACGGACAGCAACAGCUCCAUGAAGAAGGACCCCAUGGUGCCAGUGCUGAAGGCCUUCACCCAGCAUGCCGUGGACCACCUGAAGGUGGGCUUCAUGCCCCCUGUGGAGGACAUCGGCCCGGACCCCCUGCUGGUCACCUUCACCUUCUCCGUCACCGACCUGCAGGGCGGCUCCGUCAGCGGCCUCAGCUUCAACAUCACCGUCCUCCCGGUGGACGACCGGCCCCCCGAGGUGUACACAAACCUGCUGCAGGUGGAGGAGGGCGGGGGGGUGUUUGUGACGGAGGAGCACCUCCGGCUGCGUGACGUGGACAGCCGGGAGGAGCAGCUGCGGGUGGAGGUGGAGGAGGAGCCCCUCCAUGGUCGGCUGGAGCUCCAGGGCCGAGUGCUGCAGCAAGACCAAAGCUUCACCCUGGAGGACCUCCGGGGCCUGAGGCUACGGUACGUCCAUGACGACUCCGAGACCAGCGAGGACUCCACGGUCCUGAGGGUGACGGACGGACACAACAACGCCAGUGUCCGUCUGUCCAUCCAGGUGAUCCCGGUGAACGACGAGCCCCCCCAGCUGAGCCCGGGUCUGCGGGGGGAGCUGCGGUGCCAGGAGGGGGGGCGGGUCCAGGUGAGCCUGGACUACCUGAGGGCCACGGACCCGGACAGCGAGGACUCCAGGCUGAGCUACAUGCUGACCCGCCGCCCGGCGCGCGGACAGCUGCAGAACCGGGGCCUGGAGGUGGAGCGCUUCACCCAGCAGGACCUGCUGCUGGGACACAUCUACUACGUCCACACCGGCGGAGAGGUGGGGGCGGACCCCGUGUCCGACACCGUCACCCUCAUCGUGUCGGACGGGGAGGCGGGGGGGGCGGAUGGCUGUUGUCACGGAGACGCCCCCCCGCCCCCCGCCCCCCUCCACGGGUCACUUCCUGUGUACGACCUCAACGUCACCGUGCUUCCUGUCAACAACCAGGUCCCCGACGUAACCAUGGGCGGCUUCAUGCUGGCGGUGGAGGAGGGGUCGUGGGUCUGUCUCUGUGGGGGGGCUCUGGGGGCGCUGGACGCAGACAGCCCCCCCGACCUGCUGACCUUUCACCUGGAGACCCCCCCCCUCCACGGCUUCCUGGAGAACACCCUGCCCCCGCCUGGACACCAGAAGAGCAACGCAGGGCUCAGCAUCGACUCCUUCAGCCUCGCCCACCUCACCCUGGGCUACAUCAACUACGUCCAAUCAGAGCACAAGGGGGUGGAGCCUACUGCGGACCAGCUGUCAGUCAGCGUGAGUGACGGGCUCCAUCGUUCCUCCCCCUCGACCCUCCUCAUCACCAUCAACCCGACCAAUGACGAGGCUCCGACCCUCCUCCUCACCAACUUCACUGUGGGGGAGGGGGGUCUGGUGGAGCUGGGGCGCUCCGUCCUGGACGGCCGGGACCUGGACGCCCCCCCGGGGGUCCUGACCUUCACCCUGCUGACCCCCCCGCUGCACGGCCUUCUACUGAGGGGGAGCCACGGCCGCGACCCCGCCCACUACCGGGCCCUGGCCCCCCACCUCCUGCUGGGCCUCUCCGUCACCUCCUUCACCCUCAGCCAGCUGCACCAAGGCCCCGCCCUCCUGUAUCUCCACGACGACUCGGAGGGCGCCGACGACCGUCUGGAGCUGCAGCUGAGCGAUGGGCGGCGCCGCGUCCGGGGGUCCGCCGCCAUCAGGGUGCUGCCCGCCAACGACCAGCCCCCCCGCCUCCGCACGAACGGCGGUCUCCAGGCGGGCUCCAGGCUCCAGGCGGGUUCCGGGCUCCAGGCGGGCUCCAGGCUCCAGGCGGGUUCCGGGCUCCAGGCAGGCUCCAGGCUCCAGGCGGGCUCCGGGCUCCAGGCGGGCUCCAGGCUCCAGGCGGGCUCCGGGCUCCAGGCGGGCUCCGGGUGGAGGCUGAUCCGCAGCGAGGUCCUGGAGGCGGAGGACCUGGACACGCCCCCUGACCAGCUGCUCUACGUCCUGGAGGCGGGGCCACGGCUCGGCUCGCUGCAGCUCAGGAGCGGCCCUGAUUGGUCGGUUCUCUCCGCCGGUCAGAACUUCACCCAGGAGGACGUGGACCUUAACCGCCUGGCCUACUCCCCCCCCGCCCCCCCUGGGGUCAGGGGUCACGACCCCGCCCCCCCUGGGGUCAGGGGUCAGGACAGCUUCAGCUUCCACCUCAGCGACGGGCAGAACGACUCUCCAUCCCAGAGCUUCAGCAUCUCAAUGCCCGGCUCCACGCCAGGGCCCCUGGUGCUGCUGAGCGGGGCGGUGGCCCUCCAGGCUGGGGCCCGGGCGGUCCUGACGACCGACACCCUGCUGGCCCGGGACGGGGGGGGGCGGGCGGAGGCGCUGCUGUUCAGCGUGACGGAGGCGCCGCUCCACGGGGUGCUGCACCUGGCCCAGCACCCCGGGGUGCCGCUGCUCGCCUUCACCCAGCUGGACGUCUCCGCCCACCGCGUCUGCUACACCCACGACAACCGCCGGGGCCCCCCCGACGACGGCUUCAGCUUCCUGGUUACCAACGGCGACCAGACCGUCAGCGGGCGUGUGUCGCUGCUGAUUCGUCAUGGCGACCGCGUGGCGCCCACCCUGACCCGCAACGCCCCCCUGCGGCUGGGGGCGGGGUCAGUGGGGGUCAUCCCCCCCGCGCUGCUGGCCCUCAGCGACCCGGACACGCCCCCCGCCCGCCUCCGCUACGCCGUGACACGCCCCCCGCGCCACGGCGACCUGCUGCUGCUGGGCCACGCCCCCUCAGAGGGCCACGCCCCCCCGUUGCUCAGCUUCACCCAGGACGACAUCGACCGCCAGGCGCUGGCCUAUCAGCACUGGGCAGGAAGUCCCGCCCUCACGGACACGUUCCACUUCCUGCCGAGCGAUGGAACAAACGAGGGCUUCCUGGAGGCGGGACGGCUGAGGGCGGAGCCAGCGGAGUUCACAAUAGAGGUGCAGCGGUUGGACCUGCGCCCCCCCACCCUGGCCCGGGCGGGCCGGCCCAGCAGGGUGGUGGACCUGGGGUCCGGGCGGCGGGGGCUGGCCAUCACCCCCCGGGACCUCCAGGCCACCGACCCCGACUCCCCCCACCCCCUGCUGGAGUACAUCGUCACCGGCCCCCCCCAGCACGGAGCCCUGGAGAACACCCUCACAGGCGGCUCCAUCGUGGGCCGGUUCACCCAGCAGGAUGUGGACCAGCGGGCCGUGGUCUACCUGCUGCCCCGGGACCUGGAGGUCACCGCAGACCGGUUCAGCUUCAGGCUCAGAGACCCCGCAGGCAACACCGGACCCCCCCAGAGUCUGCAGCUCUCCUGGUCGCGGGUGCAGCUAGCGGUUAGCUGCUACCGGGUGUGCGAGGCGUCGGGCCGGCUGGAGGUCCGGGUGGUCCGCUCCGGGGCCAGCCAGGACCCCGCCUACGUCGCCAUCCAGGUGGUAGAAGGAAGCGCCAAACUGGACAAAGACUUCAGUCACAGCAGCGCAAAGCUGAUCCAGUUUGACCCAGGGGUCAACGUGAAGACCUGGACCGUCUAUCUCCAUGACGACCAGCUGGAGGAGAACAACGAGAGCUUCAGCAUCACUCUGAGUAACCCUGACAACGCUGUUCUAGGUUCCCGCCACUCCGCCACCGUGGAGAUCAUCGACCCCAGAGGAGGAUCAUGUGACCCCGAAGAUCUGAAGGUGGAGGACAAAAGCUCCACCCCUACUCCACCCGCCACUGCAGAGGAGGAGGAGGAGGAGCCUAUCACAGACAUAGAGGCGGAGCUUCUGUGGGACAGCCACGACCCUCCUGCCCGGGGCGAUGUGCCCCGCCCCCACGACUACGACUAUGUGGAAGAGGCGGAGCCCCAGGACCAGCCACCGCAGUACCACCUCAGACCAGCAGGGGGCGCCAUACCGCCGCAGUACCCCCUCAGACCAGCGGGGGGUGCCAUACCACCGCAGUACCACCUCAGACCAGCAGGGGGCGCCAUACCGCCGCAGUACCCCCUCAGACCAGCGGGGGGUGCCAUACCACCGCAGUACCACCUCAGACCAGCAGGGGGCGCCAUACCACCGCAGUACCCCCUCAGACCAGCGGGGGGCGCCGGAGCUGCGCCACACUGGCAGAAGGACGCCGCUCACACUGGGACCAGGGACCGAGUCUGGACCGUCCACAGUCUGGGGUCCUCCUGGGUCCAUGAGGGUCCGGCUCAGACCAGGACCCCCCAAGACCCCCCAGACCCCCUAGACCGCCUACAGGAGCCCCCACACACACACCAGACCAAGCCCCCCCAGGGUCCCGGGGGGUCGGAGGUCAGGUGUGGGCCGGGCUGGACGCUCCACAGUGGGAGGUGCUACCAGCUGGGAGGGGGCGUGGCUACCUGGAGCAGCGCCCAGAGGACCUGCUCCCUGCUGUUCCAGGGCGGUCUGACGGCCGUCCACUCGGGGAAGGAGCUGGCCUGGCUCUGGAGGUUCGCUGGACGCAAGCCCUUCUGGAUCGGUCUGACUGGGGGGCCAGGGAAGUGGGCGUGGCAGGAUGGGCGGAGCCUGCAGUUCUCCAGGUUGCGGCCCCAGCGGGGGGCGGCAGGCCCGGGGGGGGUCUCGGGGGGGGUCCCGGGGGGGGGGCCAGGGGGGGUCCCGUUGUGUUCUGGUCCAGAACGUGUGGACCUGGACCCCCGCCAGCUGCACCGAGGAACCACAACACGCAUUCAUCUGCUCAGCCUCUGCACCCCGCCCUGAGCCAUCCUCAUGAACACAUGAACCAUGAACCAUGGACACAUGAACUAUGAACCAUGGACACAUGAACACAUGAACCAUUUACACAUGAACCAUGGACACAUGAACCAUGGACCAUGGACCCAUGAACACGUGAACCAUAGACACAUGAAAACAUGAACCAUGGACACAUGAAAACAUGAACCAUGGCACAUGAACACAUGAACCAUAGACACAUGAACACAUGAACCAUGGACACAUGAACACAUGAACCAUGAACCAUGUACACAUGAACACAUGAACCAUGAACACAUGAACCAUGGACACAUGAACCAUGGACACAUGAACAUGUGAACCAUGAACACAUGAACCAUGAACACAUGAACCAUGGACACAUGCACACAUGGCCUUACUAACACAUGAGCCUUUAACACCUGAACAUAUGGACACAUGAACCGAUGAACACAUGAACCAUGAACACAUGAACCAUGAACACCUGAACACAUGACCACCUUAACGUAUGAACACAUGAGCCUAUGACACGUAUGGACACAUGAACACACUCCAUUGUUUCCAUCCUGCCUCUGUGCCUAGAACCACAUUCAUCCAUGUGAUCAUUGUUGCCAUACUUACAUAAAUCCUACUGUAGGAGAUUCUCAAGAUGAGUCCAGGAACAUGUUCUGUUACCAUAGCGACGGACACCUUGGUUACGUAUCCUCAUUAUAAACAAUGCUACUUCUUCUAUGUUUAAUUUUCGUUGUCUUACAUCGAGGCUCCUGUACGCUACACAUGUUUAAAUAAAGCUGCGCUCAUGAA